ACGAGCAAGCGCUCGUUCGCGACGAGAGGCGCUCUUGGUUGACUGAGAUUCCUGUGCUUGCCAGUUGCAACGCCCAGCUCAGCGGGGGCCAUGGCCGUGGACUGAUGGACCGGGUCCAUGCAUGUGACUCACGUCCUCGUCACGGGCACCCCAUCAUCCCCUACUACUAACCGUUGAUCAUCCAUCAUGCGCCGCCGCCGCCGCUGCUGCCGCCUCUGCCUGUCCCGUCCGCCACCGUGCGCCAGCCCUCCCCCUCCGUCCGGCGCCGCCUGCUCUGCUCUGCUCAUCCACUCCUCAGCUGUAGCACACCCAUCUAUAUAAACCCCCACCUCCCUCACGCACUUAACUCCAAGCACCCACUUCGACAGCGCAAGCCCCACCCACCACCACCACCGAACCAAAUCCAAGGGGGAGGAAGAGAGAGUCCCCUCCGUUGAGCCAUGGAGGUGGCGGCGGCGAAGUCGGUGGAGCGGCUGGGGCAACGGCUAGUCCCCCCGGCGGGGCCCACGCCGAGUGGCCCGCUCCGCCUGUCGUGGCUCGACCGGUACCCGACCCAGAUGGCGCUCAUCGAGUCGGUGCACGUCUUCAAGCCCGACCCGGCGCGGGACGGGGCCAGCAGUCCGGCCGACACCAUCGAGCGCGCCCUCGCGCGGGCGCUUGUGGACUACUACCCGCUCGCCGGGCGCCUCGCCGCGUCCGAGGACGCCGGGGGGCUGCACGUCGACUGCUGCAACGAGGGCGUCUGGUUCAUCGAGGCCGCUGUCCGGUGCCGGCUCGAGGACGUGGACUAUCUCGAGUACCCGCUCCAGAUUCCCAAGGACGAGUUGCUCCCGCACCCGCUGCCCCGGCCCAGCCGCGACGAAGAGAACAAGCUCAUCCUGCUCGUACAGGUGACGACGUUCGGGUGCGGCGGCUUCGUGGUGGGAUUCCGGUUCAGCCACGCGGUGGCGGACGGGCCGGGGGCGGCGCAGUUCAUGGGCGCUGUGGGGGAGCUGGCGCGCGGAGCGGAUCAAAUCUCCGUCGCGCCGUCCUGGGGCCGCGACGCGAUCCCUGACCCCGCCGGCGCGCUCGUCGGCAGCCUCCCCGAGCCAACCGGCGCGAAGCGGCUCGAGUACCUCGCCAUCGACAUCUCCGCGGACUACAUCGACCAUUUCAAGGCGCAGUUCGCGGCGGCGACGGGCGGGGGCCGGUGCUCGGCGUUCGAGGUGCUCAUCGCCAAGGCUUGGCAGAGCCGCACCCGCGCGGCGGCCUUCGACCCGGCGGACACCCCCGUCCACCUCUGCUUCGCCAUGAACGCGCGGCCCCUCCUCCACGGCCGCCUCCCCCGCGGCGGGGCCGGUUUCUACGGCAACUGCUACUACAUCAUGCGCGUGUCCUCCACGGCGGGGAAGGUGGCCUCCGCAUCCAUCACCGACGUGGUCAAGAUCAUCAGGGAAGGGAAGAAGCGGCUCCCGUCGGAGUUCGCGCGGUGGGCCGCCGGCGAGGCCGAGGCGGAUCCGUACCAGAUCACCUCCGACUACCGGACGCUGCUGGUGUCGGACUGGACGCGGCUGGGCUUCGCCGAGGUGGACUACGGGUGGGGCCCGCCCGCCCACGUGGUGCCGCUGACGAACCUGGACUACAUCGCCACGUGCAUCCUCGUCAAGCCCUGGGUCCACAAGCCAGGGGCACGGCUCAUCACGCAGUGCGUGACGCCCGACCGCGUCACCGCCUUCCACGACGCCAUGGUGGACAUGAACUAGCCCCCGCCUCCACCUCCUCCAUUUGUUCAUGGGUUCUUUUUUUUUACUGCGGUAAUUAGCAGCGGGUAAUUACAGCACGAGCAAGUGAGCAACAGCAACAAUAAAAUAAGAAAAAAAAUAAAGAUAAGAUGAGGAAAAGAAAGGUAAAAGUACAUAGAGCCAGAUCAUGUAUGGGGGACAGGUAGACAGCUUGCUAGAUGGCACUUGGCAGUAGUGGCAUUGGUAUUGGAUUCGUUCUUGAUGUUUGUUGGGUGCAACUGUGUGUACACAUCACAUGGCCCUUUUUUUUCCUGUUCUGUAGGGGGUUUUGAUUGAAGUAUCUAAGCUGGACUUGGUGGGAAGCCACCAAACCCCUAAGCCUCAUUGUAACUUCAGAUGAUGUUAACUAGAGUAAUGCAUUAUAUCCAUUUUUUUCUUUUGUUAAA